AUUAAAAGCCUGGUUGGACUUUUAAUUAAGAAAUCCCCUUCCCGCCAUGGAGAAGGAGUCCCUCUGCCCCCAAAAACUGGAGUGAGUAGAGUAGAAAGAAAUGGAGUUGAGAGUGAGUGGAAAUGCACUGAAGACAUUCGCCCGAUCCAUCACGUGCCUUGCACGCAUUGGCAAUGAGCUCGCCAUUCAAGCCUCUUCUACCCAGCUCACAUUUCACACUCUCAACUCGUCAAGGUCGGCGUAUCAGUCAAUUACAUUUAAACCUGAUUUUUUUGAUGUCUUCACUGUUUCUGGCCCAGAGCUGCAAUGUUGUGUGCUCUUGAAGGCCAUUUGUUCUGUACUAAGAACACCAAUUGCCAGUAUAGAUCAUUUGUGUGUGUCAUUGCCUAAUCCUGAUGCAUCAAAGAUGCAGUGGACAUUGAACUGCCAUAAUGGUAUGAGGAAAGCUUAUUGGAUAACGUGCAACGUUGAACCUGACAUACAACACCUAUCCCUUGAUAGGAGAAAGCUUCCAAGCAGCUUUGUGGUGAGGCCUCGUGAUCUGAAUAGGUUAUUGUCCAAUUUCCAAACAACUCUUCAGGAGAUCACAAUCAUUGCUAACAAUCCAACUUCCUUGCCUCCUGAUGCUGCAACUGAAUUUGGAGGGAAAGCUGUUGAGCUCAGAAGUUAUAUAGACCCAACAAAAGAAAAUGAUUCAUCACUACACACUCAGUUGUGGAUAGAUCCUACUGAAGAGUUUUUGCAGUACAAUCAUAUUGGAAACCCUGUGGAUGUGACGUUUGGAGUGAAGGAAUCGAAGGCUUUCCUUUCUUUCUGUGAAGGAUGUGAAGUUGACAUACAGUUCUAUUUUGAUAAAGCUGGCGAGCCAAUUUUAAUGGCUCCAAAAUUUGGUUUAGACGAUGGCUCCAACUCAACUUUUGAUGCCACCUUGGUACUUGCAACCAUGCUUAUGUCACAGCUCAGCACAGCAAGCUCCUCGGAAAAUCCACAAGUUGCUGGCACUUCCCGUGGGCAGGCUAAUGAUGGAAGACAGGCCCCAGUCCAGGAGAGGUCAAAAGGGAAUUCUGGGCUUCCAUCUGAUCAGACCAGGAUUUGGUCCGAUCUUUCAGGAAGCAGAACAAAAGGUGGUAAUGGUACUGAACGUGAAGGGGAAAGAAAUGACAAUGAUAAUGAGCAAAGGGAAAUUCAGCGAAUUGGUGCGAUACACAUAUCUGAAGCUGGAGCUGCUGGAAGAAAUAUGUCUGACAUUCAUAAUGACUUCCGUUCUGUGGACGGAAAUCCUCUGGAAGAACCUCAAGAUUUGAAAGCUCAUGCUUCUCAACACCAUCCUAGUAAUUGGGUAGAUGCAGAUGAUGAUGAUGGAGACGAGUCAGAGUUGUGUGUUCAAUCAACACCCCCAUAUCAUUAGGAAUACAGCAACUCUCAAGUUGUUCUAUAAUCGUUUACAAGCAGUUGGUUAUUGAUGACCUCUGUUGUAGGUUUCUGAUUUUAGACUCUUUGAACUUGCUGAUGAGGAACCUCAGAAGAUUUUUGCAUGGUUUCCAUCUUAUCUCUGUAGUUGACUAUCUCAUAUAGGUGAAAGAUUACUCAAAAGUAUGGAAAUGUUGUGGAUACUUUCUGAAUACCUGGAAGAUUAACUGAAGCGAUUGUCAAUCAUCAACUGGACUUUUUCCUGCGUCAUACACUUAAUGUUACAAUGAUCCUAGAAAGCGGUUACAUGCCAGGACGCCACUCAGCUCGUUAUUUUAUUUUAACUGACUAUUCUACUCUUAGGGUGUGUUUGGUACGAAGGAAAAUGUGUUCUCCUUGGAAAAUAAGUGAGCUUCGUACAUAUUUUCUAGUGUUUGGUAUGUAAGUAGGAAAAAUAUUGUCCUAAGCUGGGGUAGACACCCUAAGUCCAGGGGUGUCGCCCUGUCAUCGGACACCGCUUUCGUCGAUUUCUUUUUGUGUGUGUGUAUAUAUAUAAAAUUUGAAAAACCGGAAUAUAUGUACGAGUAAUAUAGCCGACCCUGCUUGACCAAAUGAGCUUCGUUGGUUUGGCGCCUCGCUAGUGCAAUGAUCCUCCCAAGUUUGAGUCUCAGCAAGCGCACUAACGCGUUCUAUUUUUACGCUUUUUCGUAAGUGGUCCAUCUGUACUAAAAAAAAGUUAAUGUUGCUUGUGAGAUUUGAACUUCCAAUUCCUUGUCAAGCUAGGACAAAAUAGAUCAGCCUAACUAAGAUUCAAUCUAUAUCUAUAUAUAAUAUAAAGCUAGGCAUAGAUGAGGUGAUGUGACACCUCUUUAUAAUAUCCAUUAAUAUUUAUCUUUUUUCUUAAUUUUUUGGCUUUUUUCUCUUAUAUUUCUCUCAAAAAAUUAAAAUAACUCUAUCAAUAAAUCCUUAGUUGUCCACAUUCAUUGCUCAAUUAAAAGGGCAAGUCAUUUAAGGAUAUUAACUUUUUUCCCCUACAUUUUGUGACUUUUUUUCUCGCGAUAUUCUACCUUAAAACUUUGGCAAAUAUUAAAUAUAUACUCAUUUAUUUCCUUCCUCAUUAAUUACUAUUAAUCUCCUUUCAUAAAGCUUUCUGAAUUUCUUGUUUUACGUGGCCUUUUUUCCUCCCCACAAUCUCAUCUCAUCAUUAAUGCUAUUUAUAUCUUUUCCUUAAAUUGCUCCAUUUCCUUUAUUUGCUCUUUUUAUUUUCUUUUAUUUAUUCAAUCUCUGUAAGUGGUAAGCCUAGCAUUUUCUCUUCUUUAUUUGAUAGUAUUUCAGUUUUUUUUUUUUUUUUUGGGAAUUUUAGCUUCUUUUCUUUUUUGUGGAAAAAAUUAUUAUAUUCAUGAAACCAUGAUGACAUUAAUGUUUACAGUAUAUUCCAAGAAUAGCUAUUACAUUUCAACCUUUUAUAUUCAUUAUAGAAGAAUAAGAGUCCCUUAAAGUCUCCAACAAUCUAUAUCUAUCUAUCUAUCUAUAUAUUAUAUUAAAAACAUGAACAUAAAUACUUCCAACUCAUUUAAUUAACAUAAAAUUAUUUAAAUUACAAAAAUAUCCCACUACAAAUUUUUUCGAAGAGGCACCAACGGGACUUCUGGGCAGAUGCCUUAUCCUACAAAUACAUGUACGAUGCGCUGCGCUGCCAGCUUGAAGAGACAUGUCACUACAAGUUCUUCCCCAAGAAUUGCACCGUUGACUCUGUACAUGUUAGUAUUUGUUUAUGUUUUUGUGCAUGUUUCUCUUUUCUAUAGUAUAUAUCGUAUUUUAUUUUUGAGUUUUGAGUUCUCUUUUUUGAAUCUGAGAGUGCAACGAAUUAAGGGUGUGAUUUAUUUUUUCUUUAAGAUGAUUUAUACUUUUGGAUUCCAUUCUUAUUUUGCUUGAUUACUUUUCACAUGAUUGUGUGCUGCUAAAGACUAUCGUUGCGUUUGACUUUUAUUUUUUUAAUGAGAAUUUUCCUUCUUUAUGGUAA